AUGUCGGGAAGAAACCCUUUCGGCUCCUCGGCCCCUGGUGGUGGUGGUGGGGGGAGCUCUUUCAAUGACCCUUCUGGGGGUCAAGAUGAGGACCCGGAAAGCCAGUACCCGGAUCCAACUAAUACAAGUCGACUUAACCAACCAUACUUCAAUAAUCAGGGACAACGACCACAACUAGGAGGAUUCGGAGGGCAGCUAGGAGUUGGGUCCAACCAACCCACCUCUAGCCCCAAUCUAUAUGUGAAUCCUGCCAAUCUAACAACCCCAGCAGCACCACAACAACCACAAUAUGGCCUGCCGCCACGAGCCGCUCCUCAAUAUGGUUCCGGGGCAGGCAACCCAUAUGAAUCUAGUUUUGGAACAGGAAAUCCAUCCCAAUCCGGUUUUGGAACAGGAAACCCAUCCCAAUAUGGUACCGGGGCAGGGCAACCGUCCCCGUACGAUUGGGGGCCAACAGACCUGCAGCAGUAUCAGCCCCCUAUCAGGCGAAGGAGCCCACCAUACAGGAGUCCUUAUGCCAACAACGAUGACGAGCAGUACCAGCAGUACCGGCAGACACUAGACAAUGAAUGGGAUGCCCGCUCCCGGGCUACCAGCCAGCCUCAAGGCUUUGGCCUUGGUCAAGGUCUGGGCCAGCCUCGGGGUCCGCAACUAUCUAUGCAGUUGCGACCACGGAGAAGAGGGCCCGCGGGAGGCCAAGGUGGAGAUGCUUCUGAACCUUCUUUUGGCCCUGGUAUCGAUGGCCAGAGAGUCCCUACCCAUUUAGCUCAUUUCUAUAAUAUGAUACCUGCCCGUCUCCGCACUAGAGAGUACUGGAUGAACCUAGUACAGAGUGCCGAAAAUAACGCGGGUCUUAACUCUCAGCAGUGGAUCAACAUGACCAUACAACGACUGGCAGAUCCCUCGACGAACGUCCAGGAGCUUCUCGGUUUCGUAGACCUAUCACAAGAGUGGAGGAAUUUUCUUAUGGACAGCAGCGUAUUUUUUUCGAAUAGCAUCACCCCGGAAGUUUGGGCCAACAUGAUAAAACAUUUAUAUACUUGUACACCGGGAGAAUGGUACGGACAUGUUAGUGGUAUCCUGGCGCGCCGAGCAUCAGGGGAAGAGCCUAACGCCCCUCUCACGAUGUUUACGCCGCCCACUGCUGGAUUUGGACGGUUUCGGUCAGCGGCCCAACCUCCUCAGAACUAUGAGGGCUGGGAUAUGACCAAGAAACCAUUCACUGGGAGAUGGGACCAACAUCCAGAAUUUUGGGGAGACUUUGUUGACGACGGCCCGCGAAGGCCGAAUGAGACCCCAAGUCAAACUGAGCGUCGAAUCAGGUGGUCACGAUCAAAUAUGGGGAUUGAGAGACGGCCAAGACCGGGACUUCCCCAGAUUGCCCCGGUCACAGAUCCAGGUAGACGAGCACAGAUAUUAGAGGAACGUAGGAUCCAUAGCCAAGCUCUCAGACGGGAAAAUGACGCAAACCUUCGAAAGCACAAUCGGAUGAUGGACGAGAGCAACAGGAACUUUAAUACGGCAUAUCGUGAUGACUGGAGAAAGAAGCAGAAGGAGAGACGGGCCAGAAAUGCCCAGAGACGAGACGAGGCGUAUAAUUGGAGAGCGUUCUUUUACAGACAGAUAAACCGUCCAGUGCCACCGAAACCAGAACCCCCGGAGGAUAGCGACGACGAUUUCCUCUUUGACGUAGAUCCACCAAGAAGGCCAAAAGCAGACGCCGCGGAAGAGGACUACAGCGGAGGUGAGGAAGAACAAGAAGAAGGAGAGAAAGGGCGGAACAGGGAGCCCUAUCGAUGCUCUCAAUGCGCAAAGGAUCGCAAACCUUGCUCAUACAGGAACAAGCGGUUCCCAUGCGACAGAUGUGUAACUAUAGGUGAGCAGGAUUCUUGCUCCUCCUCAAAGCCUGGAAAAGCGAGGUCAGGCAAGAAGAAGAACGAUCCACCACCACAUCGCCUUCGAGGCCCAUUCAUUCCAUCGUUCGUCACACCGCCCAGGCCAGAAGAUUUGCCUGAGCACGUACCUUUUGACCCUCAACGUCGGGGGCAGCCAUCGAUUGAUGACCCAUCGACUAGAGUGGGUACGAAGAGAAAAAGUCCAGGCGAGGAUUAUGAUGAGGAUUAUGAUGAGGAAAUGGAGGACGCCCAACCAAGCAUGAACAUGAUGUACCCGCCAGCAAGAGCGCAGGCAAGGGAACAGAGAGACUUUAUGGGCACAUAUAGCAACAGGCCCACCGGGGGUUUCACUGCAGGCCCUACUGGCUUUAACAUCGGUAGCUCCCCCUACGAGUUUAUCACCGAGGACCUCAACGACCUAUAUGAAAGUCGCAGAGUUCUGGGUGGACUUUCCUACGUUGUACCACUUGACUUUGCGGAUCUAGAGGAGGCGCUUCAGCGGCAAGACUCUCGACUCUUGGAGCUUGACCCAUCAUACGAACGUAUACUCACAGUUCGAGAUGCCGAGGCGUAUGCCGCUGCAGUGGCACUGCGAAAUGCGGCGGGGGCAAUAUUAAACACAACAGAGGAAGAACCUCCACAAGCGACCGACCCUGAGACGGGGGUUCCACAACAAACAACAGCAGAUCCGAUGGAGUCGGACAUGCCUAGUCCACAUGCAGAUCUGACGGCAAUUCUGGAGGGGACCCGGAUGCCAGAUACGGAACAACAGAACCAAGACUGGCCGGGGAUGCCACUAUGGCAGCAACACACGGCCGACCAGGAGCUACAGAACGCAAACGAUGCUUUCAGAGCCGGCCCGAUGAGUCAAUACGAAUCGCCUGCUCAAGAUCCUAACGAUGUUAACGAUGUGCCUUUCAAUUGGGAGGACACGGAUUUUGAUGAUUACUUGAACUACGCAAACAGCAACGCUAAAGAGCGGGAGGAACGGGAUCAAGAAGAGCAGGAUGAAGAAGAGUAA